AUGAAGAUGCCAAGCAGAAAUAACAACAUCGAUGAAAAUAAAGACAGGCUCAGUGAUUUAUGUGAUUACCUUUUAAUUCACAUACUCUCCUUUUUGCGGUCUAAAAUAGCAGUUCAAACUUGCAUACUGUCCACAAGAUGGAGGAAUCUCUGGAAGCAACUUCCCUUUCUUUCAUUAUAUAGCUCUAAUACUCUCCCGCGUCUCUCCGAGUUUGCGUCCCAGUUUUUGUCUCUACGUGAUGGCUCGACUUCCCUGUUCGUUCUCAAAUUUUACAAUUUUUGUAAUGAGGGUUUUAUGGAGCCUCACAUACUUGACAAGAUUUUACAAUAUGCCAUUUCACACAAUAUCCAACACUUACAUAUCUUUCUCAAAUGUGAUAUUCAACAUUUUCCAUCUUGCUUGUUUUCAUGUGAUACUUUAACAUCUCUUCGCUUUAAUGUUACCCCUAUACGCUAUGAUAAACCAAAAAUAUUAUUUCCAAAUAGCUUGAAUUUGCCAUCAUUGACCAGCUUGUCUUUAGGUUUUAUCGCCUUUCGUGGUGGACCCGAUCUUUUUCUGGCAUAUCCUAGGUUGAAGCGUUUGGAGAUUGCUCAUUUUGAAAUCCUUGGUGAAGAAAACCUCUGCAUAUCAAGUACAACACUUGUGGGAUUAGCAAUAGAGUUUUCUUUUGAACCUAAGAACAAUCGCAAAAUUGAGCUAUUUACUCCAAAUCUGUGUGCAUUUACUUUUAUGGGUACUCCUUUUCAGAUUUUAUUUGGGAACCCCCUUAGUUCUGUUAAGCACAUAGAGAUUCAUGCAGAUAUCAGGUGGAGUUAUGCAGAGGCUCCUUCAAUUCUACUUAGAUGGUUUCUCGAGUUUGUUGAUAUCGAAUCAUUGAUAGUCUCUUCCAACACUCUUCAGGUUCUCUCCUUAGUUCCUAAUUUAUUGAGGGUUAAGCUCUCUUCUUUGCGUAACUUGAAGUCACUCAAAGUAAAAAGGGAUGAGCUUUCACAUCGAUUAUCCAAGAUACUGAUAGAUGCCAACUUAGCACAGCUGCCUCCCAGGUCAGAAAAUGAAGCUGCCCGAUUACAAGAAGUGUUUAAAGUAGGAUCGUCAUCCAUACCUGAUGAAAUGAUUAAUUUUUUGCUUCAAAACUCAACUUCAAAAGAAUUUCACAUCAUUAAUUAG